UAUUUCUUCUUCUUAUUCGCGGCCAUGCCGGCCUAUACAAGCUUUCGUGACUUAUUUAGUCCCACGUAGCCGGAUAUGUAGUUAGUCCUUACUAUCGGAUAGUUCGGCAGCCGGAAGCAAAACUAUACGAUAAGGACAUCUUUUCUGACUGAAAACUGCAAAAUCUGUUAAAACUAGAAAUCGUCUAAAACUUGGAAGAACAACGCCGUUGUAUCUGGAACGAAGAAAAUGUUAUAUUUUUCAGAAGGCCAUCGCGGGGAGUUGCAUUGCGUAUGAUAAUGGUUCGGAAGCACAAUUGACGAGAUGCAAAUGCCAGAAUCGAGAGGGGAUCCUGUGUGAAAUAUAAGAUUAUAAACAAGGAAAAAAUAAACAAGUAAAAUAAUAAACAAGGAAAACAUACUUGCACCAGUAUAUUACUCGAAUACGUUCUUUAAAAGCAUUACUGGUGUGGAACGAUACGUCACCAUUCAUACCGCCAUUGCGCAACGUGGUCGCUAGGGGCAACGUAUCCAAACAAAUUCCAAAUUCACUACCAAAACAAAUUUGCCAUCAGUUGCAAUUGACACCUGGCGAUGCUUUGUGCUGUCCACGAUUGUUUUCAGAAAAGAAUACAAACAAAACCAAUUCAAGCGUUUUGGCAGGCAAAGGAAGAUGACGGAACGUUAUGUGUACUGUAACGGACGAGCGCACGAAGGAACCAUGAGUGUGUCAACUAACAAGCAACUUUCUUCACAGGCAGCAAUGAAACCUCAAAGUGUAACAAAUCGCCACAUGAACUGGCUGAUACACGGUUUGUAUACCAGGAAGCAUUUUGAGCAGUGCAAAAAAUUGAUUGACCGUCAGCUGAGCAUUUGCUACGACAAGCAGUACUUAUACUACAUGAAGGGCCUUAUUUUGCGAGAGGAAAACAACUCAACCGAAGCCGUGCACUGCUUUCAACAAGCGAUUGCGCUGAACAAAAAUGAAUUAGAAAACUACAAGGAACUCGCCAAAACACUAUAUUCGAUGGGGAAAUUUCGCAAUGCUUUGGAAGUAUUUUUGAAAGCGGAAACUCUACUUGAACGACCUGACCACGAAAUCUAUCAUCACAUUGGUGAGAUGUAUUACAAAAAUUUCGGACAGCCAAAGGCGGGUGUCGGUGAGGCAAAGGAAUAUCUCAAGCAAGCCGUCACUUGCGGUAAGCACGUAGAAAGCUAUAAGAUUUUGGCCGAAAUUUACAUCGAAGAAGGAGACAGCAUCAAAGCGAUAGAAAUGAUAGAAAAUUGUUUGCAAAUAACGCAAGAUGACGUAUCCUUGAUGACGCAGAUAGGUAUACUGUACUUAAAAAUCAACGAGUACCAGCGGGCGUUCGAAAAAUUACUUGAUGCAACGGCAACCGAUUCCAAGCAUACAAGCGCCCUACUAGCAUUGGGAUCAAUAUUACAAUCCAAAAAUGACAUUGACGGUGCACUUAAUAAGUAUAAACGAAUAUCGAACUUAACAGACGAAAGCUCGGAAGUUUGGAGUAAUAUCGGUUUAUGCUUUUUCAAGAAGCAGAAAUUUAUUGCUGCAAUUUCAUGCCUUAGGAAAGCAACCUGGGUUUCGCCGUUGAACUUUAACGCGCUUUACAAUCUUGGACUGGUGUUGGUAACAGCCCAACAAUACGUGAGUGCCUUUCAAACGCUAGCUGCUGCGAUAAGUCUACGGCCAGAGCAUGCCGAGUGCUACAUGUUGUUGGGAACUUGUCUGCGGCAUUUAAAUGAUCCCGGAAACGCUUACCUUUCGCUGGAGAAGUCAACCAUGCUUCCGGACGCCGUCAAGAACCCGCUAAUCUAUCUUAACUUCGCACUCUAUUGUUACGAAGUCGGAAAAUCGGACCAAUCUGUGCUGUAUCUGAGCAACUUUCUCGACAUGACUCAACACAUUACGGUCCAUCGUGAGUACCUAAAAAUGGCCGACCGACUUAACGGAGCUCUUACGGUGGCUGCUGGUGGGCAGAUUCAUGCUCCUGCCGCACCAGACACAGGAGGGCACACCGGGGGUCUUGACCGUACCGAGAAGGAUCACCGGAUGCAGGAUGAAACUGUUGUCAACAUGUGCAGUGGUGGAUUGGCGGACGCGCGGAAUGAGGGUGCUGUCGAAGAGGAUGGCUCCGACGGUGAUUUACCCUGAUGUGCAUUGCAACAAAGGAAAAGAUGUAGACUUCUUGAAAGGAUUAGCAAUGGAGGGUCCACUGAUGGCUGGAACUUUAUUAUCUUGUUUUUUUUUUUAAGCUAAUGCUUUCACGCUAUUAUUCCAAGGAUAGCCCAGCUCAGAUUCCUUGAAAUCUAGACAGCAGUGUCAACUCGUUGUGUUGUUGCAUAAUUUUAACGUCUAGCUUGAACUGCUUCUGAUGGACUGUUUUGUUUUAUCCCGUCUUUCGUUGGCGGAGCUUUCACCACUGGGCGUGUAGUUUUUUUUUUCAGUUACACUAGUCCUAGAUAUAAUGUUGCAUGCAGUAUAAUGAAGACAAACUGACGUUAGAUAAGAACAGAAAACAAACAACGCAGUACGCGUCGUAUAAAUAAAUGAUGAACACUAAGUGAUGAUGAUCUGCUGAGAUGGUGAUGAUAAUAAUCCGAAUCUGAGGCGUGAUGUUUUUGACUCUCGAAAUUUCAUCUUCGUGGCAUGUUGCGCAAAGACAAAACGUCGUUAAAAUGUGUUGUUUUUUCAUGCUGAAACAACAGUGCAAUAUUCUGCUGUUAUUUAUGUAUUUAGAUUAUGUAUGCAUAUGCACGAUCAUACCAUUCUGGAUAUCUUUGCGUAUUAGCGCAGUGGCGGAUUAAGACAAGUGGAGGUCCUAAGCGGUCAAACGAAUUAGGUCUGGUUGAAGUGUCGAAUAGUUGGUUGCAUCAAAGAUUGUCGACCAGAAAAAGAUUGAGUAGCAAUUUAACUUAAAGAGUAGGUUCCUUUUUAGGGGCCCCUCGAGAACACGGGGCCCCAUGUAGCCGCUAAGUUUGCAUAGUGCGUAAUCCGCCCCUGUAUAAGAGUUUUAUUUAACGCCGUUUUAUUAAUGUUUUAUUUUAGCCAUGCUGUCACCGGUGAACCCACAAGACGAGGCAGCGUUCUAUACACAACAUUUAUCAAACGAUACAAAAUCAUAAUAGCGAACAAAACCAAAAGUUAAAUUAUAGCGAAUCUAUUGGAAAUAACACACCCUACCACGAAUU